AUGGAUUUAAUAGAACAUGCCGCAAGUUUUAAUUUUGAAAGAGCCCCAGUUCAGAAUUCGGAUGAAUAUGGAAAUAUAAAUCAUCAUCAAAUAUCAAAUAAAGAAAUUAAUGAAGCUUGUUUAAGUAAUAAUAAUUCAGAAUCACAGGGAGAUUUAUCUCAACUUAUUCAAGAUUUUGAUAGAAUUAAUAUAAAAGAAGUUGAUCCUAUGGUAAUAUUAAGUAAACAAGCAAUUGAAGAUUAUAAUAUUAUAGUUGAUGAAAUAAAUGAUUUUAUUUUUAGAUUAAUGAAUAAAGGAUUUGAAAGAAAUUCAGUGAAACAGAAAGUUAUAGAAUAUUUUAAUAAUCAUAAUAUAAAUUCACAAGAUAUUUAUAAUUGGUUAUUAAUCAAAAAUAGUUUAAAUUCUAUUUUUUUACUUGGAUAUUUUAAUCAUUAUGGAAUUGUAACAAGUGAAAAUAAUGAGAAAGCAUUUAAUUUAUUUAUUAAUGCAUCAGAAAAAAAUCAAUUAUUAUCACAAUAUUUUACUGGUCAUUGUUAUUUUCAUGGAUAUGGAACGGUUAAAAAUGAAAAAUUAUCUUUUGAUUAUUAUGAAAAAGUGGCUAAUGAAAAUUUUUCAAGUGGUCAAUUAGGAGUUGGUUAUUUUUAUAAAAAAGGAAUAAGUGUUGAAAAAGAUUAUCAAAAAGCUUUUUAUUGGUAUGAAAAAGCUGCAAAUAAUGGUAAUAUAAUAGCAAUAUAUAGUCUUAGUAGAUUUUAUGAAGAUGGAAUUUUUGUUGAAAAAGAUUAUAAUAAAGCUUUUGAAUUAUAUAAGAAAUCAGCUGAAGGAGGUUAUCCAGAUGGAAUAACAAUGUUAGGAUAUUGUUAUUAUAAAGGUAUUGGAACUACAAUUGAUAAACAAAAAUCAUUUGAAUUAUAUCAAAAUGCUGCAAAUUUAGGAAGUAAUACAACAAAAUAUAAUCUUGCUUUAAUGUUUGAAGAAGGAGAUGGAAUUACAAAAGAUAUAGGAAAAGCAAUUUAUUGGUAUGAAAAAUCUGCUGAACAAGGUGAUCUAGAUGCACAAGUUAAAUUAAAGACAUUUCAAGAUGAUCAAUAA